AUGUCCACGGGAACAGAUCAGCCUACGCCCCGGCCCUACCGGUCCCAUCUGCGACCAGCCUGUUUGCAGUGCCGGAGGCGCAAGUCAAGAUGCCAGCAGCAGGAGGGAAUCACUUCGUCGACCUGUCAAAUGUGCCAUGUCUACGGCACGGACUGCGAAUUCCCACCUUCGCCUCGCAGCGCAGGCCGCGCACUGCUCAACCCCGGAAAAGUCCAGAAAUCCUAUCGUCCCCCGCAGUCCAACACGCCAUGUCGACGGGAGCCUCUCGUGUCGGCCAAGGUGCAUGUACCCCAGAGCGGCGGAUUACGGCCAUCGUCGUCUCCACCAACAAGCACGACGUCCAGCUCGGGCCCCAAGGUUGUGCUUGAUCCGCAUAACCCCCAUCUGAUGCUGGCACUGGACAGCCCGGAAGACGAAGACAACUCACACAUCAUUGGCCCGGCUGUCACAAACGACACUCAGGUGUUGGCCGACUACCUGAGUUCUGAGCCAAGCAUCCACGAACGGAUGAUUCGUGUGGUAAAACCGAAGCCAGGGUCCCAAGUGGGCCAGAUGCCGCGUCCUACAAUGGCGGGUGGCAUCCGGAAGCCAGUCAUCUUUACGGCGGUUCGUAAGCGUCCAUAUGGUCUUUCACCGAGACAGACGGCACCGUUGCAAAAGUACCAGAUUGUUGAAAAGAUGUUGGAGCCGUGGACUUCAACGUUGAUAGACCUUUACUUCCAAAAGGUCAACAUAUGUUUUCCUCUUCUGGAUGAAGUUUCGUUCAAACACCAGUUCAAUACCGCAAGGGACAGGAUUUCGCCUGCGCUCUUGUCUGUCCUUUACGCACACUCCAUGAUCUUUUGGAAAUCAAGUCCAGAGUUGCCCUCGCAGUACUGUCCCGACUCCCGGUUUAUCUGGAACCAAGCAACAGAAACCUUGUUUUCCGAACUUCAUAUUUCACCGGGAAUAUCCACCAUUAUUGCCAUAAUUCUCAACGUGGGGGGCAGACCGACUACUUCCAUGAUUAUGAAUGAGAUCCAGCUCGGCGCCGCUAUUUCACUCGCUCAAUCACUAGGUCUGAACAGAGACCCCGUAGAUUGGAACAUCUCUAUGCCGGAAAAGUCUUUGCGGAUGAAGAUCUGGUGGGCACUUGUUGUACAUGACAAAUGGUUGAGCCUAGCCUACGGAACGCCGCCUCAGAUCAAGCGCUAUCAGUACGAUGUACCUGAUCCUACCCUGGAGUAUCUCACCGGGAAAGAUGCAAGCGAGGCUCAGAUUGCGGCCGCUUCUGUCUUUAUCGGAUUGGUCACUCUGACCGGGGUUCUCGACAAAUAUUUGGAGCACGUCUAUGACCUCAACCAGGGGCGGGACCAAGAUAGCAGUCAAACGUCCCUCGACCUAGAGCUAAGCCUCGGCCAGUGGGAGGAUUCCUUGAGUGACGACGUCAGGAGAAUCAUUACCCGCGGAAACAAUUUGCACAUCCCCGGCGCGGCGAACCUGAGACUAGCCUAUCUAUCGACGAAGCUACUCCGCAGAAGGAUCGAGCUCGACAUGGAGAAGCAGGAGGACACGGUUCCGGGCGACGCACUGACGAACCGAUACAUUCAAGUUCGCCGCGCUGCAGAGGAAAUCGUUCUCCUUGUGCAGGAGCUCGAAGAAAUCCAUCUCAGCGACUUUUGGCUGCCGGUCAGCGCGUUCGCGUUCACGUCGGCCAUGACGUUUCUCUUGCGAUGCGCUCUCGAAACUGAGAAUACCGCUGGUGGUCUGGCUCAGAGCGCAUCCCUCAAGCUGGCAAAGAAUUUGAUCGACUCUUUGCAGUCUCACCAACAGGAAUCGGGAUGGGAUCUGGGUGACCUGUGCUUGGCUCAGUACGCCGAGGUUGUGGAGCGUUUGCAGACUGCCGACAGUCCUUCGGCGACGGUCCCGGAGUUCCAGCAGUUGAUGAUGUCGUCUGAUGUUCCGAUGGUUGAUGAGUUGUUCCCGAAUCUCUGGGACAUGUUUUGA